CCCCAGGGUACUGCGUCAAUAUGACUCAGCCGAACGUCUAUGGAAUAGACUCGUGCUACAGUGGCGCUGACAGCAACUUGUGCGGGAAACCGGCGGAGGAAGUGAUGCCACUGCUGACGUGCGCCUUGGACAAAAUUCUGGAUUUCGGCUUCAACGGUUACCAGUUUACGGAUCUCUACCCGUUGGCAAAAGGGAUAUUCGGAAUGGGUGGUGAGGACUUGUCUGCGCUCGACUUCCUCGCUUCGUACUGUGUGAACGGGGCCCACGCCGACGACUUGUUCUGUCAGGUCGACCCGAAGAUAACCGACGCCACUUGCGGAACGCCAAUUGUGUUGCAAGUACUUGCGCCUCAACCCGACGGAACCAUGUGUGAGCAGAGCGAAGCCUGCACGAGUGUACUGCCGACCGACCCGACCUUCUCCAAACUUCUUGUCGACCAAUUCGUGUGCAUCGUGAGUUUCCAGUCGCCAGAUAUAAGCGAAGGGAUCUACAAGGGCAUUGCCUGCUAUCUCGGCCAAGUGUUGGAGGAGACGGAUUUGACGGGGUAUGCGGUGCGAGACCAGGUGGAAACAGUCAAGUCCCAGCUGCUAACCGUAGGCGGUUGCAGUGCUUAAAGAGGGCCAACGGUAAGAAAAGG